GGCGCUGGAGAGCCGGUCAUCCUUAACCCCUGACCCGGAAAGGUGCCGGCUGUUCCUGGAGACCGGCUCAAGAUGGCGGCCGCCUUUCGCAAGGCGCAGAAAUCGGUGCAGCGGGACCACCAGGAGCGGAGCCAGCUUGGAUCUCGAAAACAACUGGGCUUUUUGGAGAAGAAGAAAGAUUACCAGAUCCGUGCACAAAACUACCAUCGCAAACAAAAUGUCCUAAAGGCACUACGCCAAAAGGCAUUAGAUAAAAAUCCAGAUGAAUUUUACUUUCGAAUGACCAGCAAUAAACUCCAGGAUGGAGUUCACAUCAUCAAGCAGUCUAGAGAUGAAGUAACAGAGGAGCAGCUGAAGAUUAUGAGAACACAGGAUAUUAAAUAUGUGGAAACGAAACGUGCUAUGGAGGCAAAGAAAAUCGAACGGCUCAAGUCUGAACUUCACUUUUUAGAUGCUGAUGGAAAGUCCCGAAACAAGCACAUCUUUUUCUGCAAAUCUAAAAAGGAAGUGAAGGAAUUUAACUUGGCAAAGCACCUCAAUACUUUACCAGAGUUGGUGGGCCGAGUAUAUAACCGACCAACCAUUGAAACGUUACGAAAGGAGAAAAUUAAAGGAGCCACUCAUCCCAGUGCUCUGAAGAAACUCGCUCGACAGAGGAAACAUCAGUACUCCCUACUGAAACAACACAUUGAGAGAGAGAAGAAAAUGUUUGUAGUAGCCCAGAAAAUUCAGACACGAACAGACCUAAUGGACAAGACCAAGAAGGUGAAAGUAAAGAAAGAAACGGUGGACUCUCCAGCUAUUUACAAAUUCCAGUUUAAGAGAAAACGUUGACAUAUCUUCAAAAAGCAAUACGAGUUCUGCAAUCCCUUUUCUUAAUUGUUUUCUGGGAAUAUUGUUUUUUCAAAUCCAUGUAUUUUUGUAACAUUUAAUAUUGUUGUCAAUGUAAUAAAUUAAUGGGGGGAGGGAACAGAUACUUUAGUUUGGAUGAUGAGCUUUCUGUUGAUGGCUAUUAACCAAGUCGCAUGAAAGUUAAGCAAAAAGUUAUUGUAUUCAGAUGUAAUUUUAUCAAUAUGGUAUCGAUCGUGUACUUUCAAGUAAGAACAUUUUGACCAAAUGACAGUUAUCCUUUAAAAUAAAUUUUAUCGUGAGCAUG